AUGGCGGCGGUGACCGCAGCAAACGGGAAAAGCAGCGGCGGAGCAAAAUCAGCAGACUUCACGGCGGUGGAAAUUGGGGAGGCGUUGAGCCCAACUGCCAGCUUGUUCCACUCCCCCAAGCUCAACUGCUGCAUAAUUGCAGUGUUGGGCAGCAAGACCGCCAUCGAUCCCGCCCUCGUCAAGUCCGGUCUCGAACGCACUUUGAUCAGACACCCUCGUUUCUCCAGCAGAAUGGUAGUCGACGAUCAUGGAUGCAGAGGAAGGAAACUGAGAUGGGAGAAGACCAUGGUAGAACUCGACGAUCACAUCAUAAUCCCAACUUUAGACGACGAUGAUGGCGACGGCGAGUUCUUCACAACCUCCCCUGAUUCCUUUGUCGAAGACUACAUUUCCCGCCUCUCCACGUUCCCGAUGGACGUCACCAGGCCGCUCUGGGAGCUCCACAUCCUCAACGUGAAGACGCGCGACGCGGAGUCGCUGUUCGUCUUCAAGAUCCACCACUCAAUCGGCGAUGGCGCCUCGUUGAUCUCGCUGCUCCUCGCCUGUGCGAGGAAAUCCUCUGACCCUAAUGCUCUGCCUUCAGUUCCGGUGAAGAACCGGCGGGCGAGGAGGCAGGGCGUGGUGUCGGCUAGUGGUUUCUGUUGGUCUCUGGUUUGGUUGAUUUGGGCGGUGGUGAGAUUGGUUUGGAACACUGUGGUGGAUGUGUUGCUGGUGAAUGCGACAGUGUUGUUCUUGAGAGAUACGAGAACUCCGAUCAAAGGUCCGGCGACAGGGGAGGGGCGGAAUGGGAAGCGGUUUGUGCAUCGGACGGUUAGUUUGGGUGAUAUUAAGAUGGUCAAGAAUGCUAUGAAUAUGACCGUCAACGAUGUCUUACUUGGAGUGACAGAAGCCGGUAUCUCUCGAUAUCUCAACCGAAAAUACGGUGAGAACCAAAAGAAUGAAGAGAAACAGAGUAAUCAGAUUCAAAAGAGCCAUCUCCCAAGCACAAUCCGACUUAGGGCAUGCAUUAUGGUCAACAUGAGACCAACGGCAGGAAUCCAGGAUAUGGCAAAGUUGAUGGCCAAAGGACCAAAGGCGAAAUGGGGAUGGGGGAAUUGGAUUGGUAACAUGAUGAUUCCUCUCACCAUUGCUCUGCGAGACGAUCCAUUGGACUACCUUUGGAGUGCCAAGGCCACAAUGGAUCGAAAGAAGCACUCCUUGGAGCCAAUUCUAGAGUUCAUAGGAGCUAGAAUCCUUCCCAAGGUAUUUGGAGCCAAGGCAACUGUUGGAAUCUUCCACAAGAUAUUGUCCAACACCACAUUGGCCUUCUCUAAUGUGGUGGGUCCGAUAGAGGAAAUCAGUCUUUACGGGCAUCCGAUAGCUUACAUUGCUCCGAGCGUUUAUGGACACCCUCAUGCAUUGACGAUUCACUUCCAGAGCUACUGCAACAUGAUGACCAUUUCAGUUGCAGUUGAUCCAGAAGUGAUUCCUGAUCCGCAUGUGCUCUGUGAUGAGCUUGAACAAUCCCUCAGAAUCAUGAAGGAAGCUGUUACAUUGAAAUUCCCAAAGAAAGGACCAAAUGUAGGUUGGAAGGAAAUUCUAUGA